CGUUAACAUUGAGGACAUCACUAUAUAUUAGUGUGAGUUAACUAUUCCUUCUGUCUGAGAAUCAUAUCCAAGGCAAGGUGAAAGAGAAAGAGAUGGAGGCUAGUGUUCCAGCGGUGGAUUUUCAGAAGCUUUCAGAGGGUGACGAUUUUCAGAAGCUUUCAGAGGGUGACGAAUGGAAGAAGCUAAGAGAAGCAUGUGAGAAAUGUGGUUGUUUCAGGGUGAUCAACCACCCUAUUCCAGAAACUCUGAUGAGAGAGAUGAAAUCAGUGGUGAAAUUGGUGCACGAUCUUCCUUUAGAGAUAAAAAUGCGCAACAAAUCCAUAAUUCCUGAUAGUGGUUAUGUUCCACCCUUUCCAACAAGUCCUCUAUAUGAGGGCAUGGGGAUAUAUGACAUGCAUGAAUCUCCUCAGGCACUUGAAGAUUUCUUCUCCCAGUUGGAUUUACCACCCUAUCACAGGCAAAUAGUAAAGACAUAUUCCCAAGCAAUUCAUGACCUGGCAUCAACUAUAUCACAAAAGAUGGCCAAGUGUUUAGGUGUAGUUGGUGUUGAUUUCAAGGACUGGCCAUUCAUUUUAAGAUCUAUUAAAUACAGUUUCGCCCCAGAAAAUAUAGGUCAAAUGGGAGCACAGUUGCACUCAGAUACAGGAUUUAUCACUCUACUUCAAGAUGAUGAAACUGUUACUGGUCUUGAGUUGUUGGAUGAUUCUGGCUUAUUUAAAGCAGUGCCUCCCAAAUCAGGGUCUUUCCUUUGCAUUAUUGGAGAUGUUGGACAUGUUUGGAGCAAUGGAAAAUUUUGGAAUGUUAGGCAUCGUGUAAUAUGCAAGGAAACAGGUACUCGUUAUUCGUUUGGUGCAUUUAUGUUAGCGCCAAGGGAUGGUAAUGUUGAGGCCCCAACAAAGUUGGUGGAAGUUCACAAUGGUCGACGUUAUCGACCAUUUAAGUAUGAAGAUUUAAGGGAGUACAGAAUCAGCACAGGAAAGAGAAAUGGUGAAGUUCUUGAUCAAUAUCGCAUUGCUUAAUUAGUGGUUUGUGUGAAUGCAAACACAUCACCAACAACACUUUACAAUGUUGGCAAUAACAUGAAUGUUCCAUGCAUUUUGAAAAUCUAAUUCAUGGUUUACAUUUAUUUCUCUCUUAAGCCUUUAGAUUAAAAGGUUCCAUUAAUUGAAUAAUAUGAUUACAAUGAGUACAUAGACUUAUCCGUGUUAGAUAAGUA